UGUGACAGUUUCCAUUUUUUAAUCUACAUGAAAUGAAAGAAGAAAAAGUUUAAUAAUUUCUAAGCUUGACAUUACAGAUAUUUUCAACUGGACAGCAUAAAGAUGUGGUGAACUAUAAUUUCACCACUAUGAGAGUGCUGAUUGGAGGAAGAGGAUCUGUACAGCGUAAAUGGAAGCAGCCGGCUUGCAUGCCCUCGAGGAUUCCGCGGACCGGCUUGCGGCGUGUGUCCCAAUGCCAUAACCUACCUGGCCAAGGUUCGACCAGCAUGGAAUACGGCGCUACGGCGCUCGUCUCCGGGGUUGCCUGGCUUCUCUACUGGUCUACCCUGCAGGCCAACUUCGCCUAUGAUGACAGCCGAGCCAUCAAGACAAAUCAAGACCUACUGCCUACAACGCCUUUCUCCUCUCUGUUCAAGAACGACUUCUGGGGCACUCCUUUAACACACAGUGGAUCUCAUAAAUCUUACAGGCCAUUAUGUGUCCUAACAUUUCGCUUGAAUCAUUGGUUAGGUGGAUUCGAUCCAUGGGGUUACCACCUCAUUAAUGUACUCUUACACGCUCUCGUAUCAAUACUAUUUACUAAGCUUGCUUCGUCGUUGUUUUUCAAAAAUCCUGUACCAACUGUGGUGGCUGGUUUACUGUUUGCUGCUCAUCCUAUUCAUACAGAAGCGGUAGCAGGCAUUGUUGGAAGAGCAGACGUUGGAGCUUGUCUCUUCUUUUUGAUUUGUCUCAUGCUUUAUAUAAAAUACUGUGAAUAUAGAAGUUGUUCAGAACUAUGCACACGCCGUUGGUUUUUUCUAUAUUCUUCAUUGAUCUGUGCAGCAUUAUCUAUGCUAACAAAAGAACACGGAGUCACUGUCCUUGGUGUCUGCGUAACAUAUGAACUCUUUAUACAUCAAAGGGUACCUUUGAAAGAGCUUAUACAGGUGCCAUUUCAGAAACGGUACCAAAGUAUGCGAGAAGGUUUGCUGCAUUUAUUUGCAGCAGGGAUUACAUUGCUGGGCUUAAGAUUGCAUUUAAUGGGCAGCAAAGCACCUGAUUUUGCCCCUGCUGAUAACCCUGCAGCUGACAGUGACAGUUUACUGACUCGAACACUAACUUUCUUAUUUUUACCCGCUUUCAAUUUCUGGAUGUUGCUUUUUCCACGGUGGCUGAGUUUUGACUGGUCAAUGGAAGCCAUUCCUCUUCUAACAACAAUUUGGGACGUUCGCAAUAUCUUCAGCAUUGCAUUUUAUGGAAGCUUAAUAACUUUACUUUUCUGGCUAGUAAAAGCAUACAAUAAGCGUUGUCAGUACAGUGCCUCUUGCUGGUCAAUGGUUAAUGGUGGAAGUUACCAUCACAUGACAUCUCCGCAUUGUACAGUUUCAGCUAACGGAGAUUCCACAGGACAGUGUCCUUGCGUCAAUCUAACACAAAAAAUUGCUUAUACUUUAGCAUCCAACAACUCACACCACAAAUCACGUGGAAAAUAUUCAAGCAAUGGUCAUCAUUCAUACACCAAUGGGCAUAGAAUAUCGAACGGAAAUGGCUACCACUCUAAUGGUCAUAAUGGAAUGGGUCAAAUUAAUGAUGGAUGGUAUGAAGGAUUUAAUCAUAUCCACGCUUUAUCAACUAGGUCAGCUUUUACUGGCCCAGCUGAUCUCGUGACUUUGUCGCUGGCAUUACUUAUUCUUCCAUUCAUACCUGCUACGAAUUUAUUUUUCUAUGUUGGAUUUGUUGUGGCAGAAAGAGUGCUGUACAUUCCAAGUAUGGGUUUUUGUUUAUUAGUUGCGCAAGGAAUAGAUAAUAUCUACAGAAGGCAAGAAUCAUCCUUAAGAAAGAAACUGGUUCUAGUUGGAGUCAGCAUUCUUAUGCUUGUUUUGUCGGCAAGAACGAUUAUUAGAAACAAAGAUUGGCUUAAUGAAGAGAAUCUUUAUAGAUCAGGAAUACCAGUUAAUCCACCUAAAGCUUAUGGAAAUUUGGCUAAUAUUUUAAGUGGGCGUGGAGAGAAGGAAGAAGCGGAAUGGGCCUAUAAAAAAGCUCUCACUUAUCGCUCAAAUAUGGCAGAUGUUCGUUACAAUUUAGGGAUACUUCUUCAAGAACAAGGAAGGUAUGAAGAAGCACUUUACAGUUAUAAACUGGCAAUUCAGUUUAGACCACGUUUGGCAAUGGCACAUUUAAAUAUGGGUCUUGUACUGGGAAUCAUGGGAAGAAAAGAAGAAGCGGCAGACGUGUAUAGACAUUGUGCUGAAUUAGAUAGUGCAGGUCUUAAAGAUCCAAAAAUGCAUGAAAGCACAAGGAUUUCAGCCCUCUUUAAUCUCGGAAGGUUAUAUGCAGAUGAUGGAAAAUAUGAAACAGCUGUUAGGGUAUACCAUGAAGCAGUUAGAAAAAUGCCGGAACAUUAUCAGCCACAGUCUCUUUAUAAUAUGAUGGGUGAAGCUUACUUCAAGAUGGGAGAUUUCGUGAAUGCUGAACUUUGGUAUCGGGAAGCUUUAAGAUCUAAACCAGACCACAUACCAGCACAUCUUACAUACGCCAAACUUCUAUCUAAAUGGGGACGACUUGAAGAAGCAGAACAAUGGUUUUUAAAGGCCAAGUUCAUAGCUCCGAAUGAUUCCAGUGUUUACCAACAUUAUGGUCAAUUUUUAUCUGAGUGUGAGAGGCAUAAUGAAGCGGCAGAUAUUUACGUACGUGCUGCAGAGCUUGCUAUGGACGAAUACGAAAUUGUGUUUAAUGCUGCAAAUACUCUAAGGCAAGCCGGACGCAAUGCUGAAGCUGAAACCUUUUAUUUGGUAGCAGUAAAGUUAAAACCAAACGAAGUCACCAGUCAUAUGAACUUAGGAGCCAUGCUUCACGUGAAUGGCAAACUUCAAGAAGCAGAACAAUCUUACUUGGAAGCUUUGAGAUUAAGACCAGAUGAUCCUAUUACACAAAAUAAUCUUCAAAAAUUAAGAAAUCUUAUUUCACAAAGGCAAAGAAGAGACAAUGCCAGAAAACGACAUUAAAUGGGUCACCAUUUCAAAUAAAAAAAAUGCUAUUUUUUGUUUCUUCAAACUAGAGGGAGCAUUAUAAGAAGAAAACAAUGUCGCUUUCUCUCACACUUUUCUUGGUGUUAUAUUUUUUAAGUGACACUGAAUUUAAACGUCAGCAUGUUCGUGUUGAUUUUUUAGUGUACUAAGAAGUUAUAUAACUGGCAAUUGAAUACAUUGCGUUUUUAAGAGCUCGUGCGUAUUAGAAUGUGAAUGAAGCUAAACUGUAUGAUGCUUCUGCGCUAAUAUGAAGUGAUAGCAACGGACAAGCGGUAAACAGAUGUACUGUUUUUUUUUUCUCUGAUGCAGUUUAACUAUAACCAAUGCAGUUUUACUACAAGUAAUAUGUCAUUAAUGAAAUUCAAACUCUUAAGUCUGAUUAUUUAUAUCCUGUUUUUAUAAUUCUACUAGAAACCGUUUAUACCAGUUUGAAUUUAAAAAUUAUUUAAUUACAUACAGUCUUAGGUCUGCAGUUGUAUCUCACUCAUAGUUACAAACUACUAACAUCUGCUCGUCUUGAACCACAAAUAGCAUUCUAACUUUCGAACUCAUUUUGAAUCAUGGAUCUUUAACUAUAAACUUUUGAACAUUUUUAGCCAUGUAUCUCUAAAGGAUUUUGAACUAUCGACGUUCGAGCUUGCUUUAAAUCACAGAUGUCGAAUCAAGAGAUUGUUUUAAUACAUAAAUUACGAGUUACUAAGCAUCAAGCAUGAACAACAUAUUUGGAACUACCCACGUUCAUAAUUGAGAAAAAUAUUUUAAUAGAAUGAUGGUUAUUACUGUACUACAGUCCAGGAAUCGCAAGUUCAAGUCAUGUUUGGGAGGAAAUCUAUAGCUCCGGACAUCUAUCUCUGUGUAUUCCAGUCCAGGAAUCGUGAGUUCAAGUCACGUUUAGAAGGAAAUCUAUAGUUCCGAGAAUAUAUCUAUAGUUCAAAGAAUCAAUUAAAAGUUCAAUGAGGAAAACAAUUGUUCAAGACGAACUCUAAGGGCAGUAGCUAGUAGCUCUCUGUGCCAUACUACUUCAGCUAUAUUUUUCUCAGUUUUUAAAAUAUUUGGUACAUUGGUACAAAAAUUUCAGUUUGUAUAUUAUAGAAAGCAUCAAAGUUAAAUAAUUUUCAGUGGUUAUGCUGGCGAUUUAUCAAACUGCUUCUAAAGCUUAACAUCUACACUUUAAAGUAUCAUAUUAUGUGUAACAACCUAUCACUCUUCGUUGUCAAGUGAUCACGGGAAACUGCAAUUAAUCUAGUCAUGGUUAAUGUUCACUUCACUUAGAAAAAGACUGAAGAUAACUUUUAUUGUGAUGUGACAAAGUGUCACAUAGUGAUUAUAUUUUUCUUUAAGUAAAUGAAAAAACAGAAAGUUUAAGUGAUGAAUAUUUAGAUCAAUGUAUUUUCUCAAAAAUGCAUUAAAAUGUUGAAAAGAUUUCCACCACCUAAGGUUGAGUUUUAUUGUAAACCUGGCAGUAAAAUGGGUUCUAGUAAAAGAAAGAUUAACUGUUUCUCAACUUGAAGCAUAAUCUAGAUUGUGAAACAUGUUAAACAAAUAAAUAGUAAGUUGAUUUUUGUUUACCAAAGAUACCACUAGUCCUAGCGAAGGUAUCCAACAUUGUCUACAUAAGUACUUCAAACAUUUAUUGAACAGAAAAAGUAAGGAUUUCGUUUCCUUAUAACUUUUCUUUUUCGCAUUACUCAAACCUUAAAUAUUUAAGUGAUUAAUGGCUAUACUGUGUAUCAGCACAAAGAAAAUGUAUCGGUGAAAUUACUAUUUGUAAAAAUUGUAGUGAAAUUAACUUUAGUAUGAAUAUUCGUCAACUUUAUAUAUGUUGUUGUUUUGCUUUUUUUUCUAUACAAAACUGUUUUAUUAUGUAUGAUAUUUAAAUUUUAUGUUAUUCGACUGCUUCAUUCCAUUUUCAAAUUAUUAGUGCACUAUAAAGACACAAUUCAUGCACAUAUUUUCUUGUUGUAUACCAGAAAUCGUCUUCCUGUAUGUGUGAGCACUUUGGAUAAUGACAGUGGAAACCGUCUAUGGAAGAUCGAGCUUCAGUUGAAUCAUAUUAAAUGGUGUUUUUUCUACUA